GUGCAGAGCCGCCUGCCUGUCUUGCAUGGGGGAUCAGCCGUGCCGUAAUACUACCUCUUCAAGACCCGGCAUUAUAUCUGCAAUGUGUUCCCGCAAAAGUGAAAGGCGACGGGGUCUCUUCAGAGAUGAUGAACUUUUGACUGUCUCUUUGAUGGUCAUAAUUCUGUCCGGUCUCACUCACGGGAUAGAGUCUGUCAUCUUUACUCGCCCAUCGAGUUUCUCUCCCCAUCAAGGGUGAUAUGCCAUGCUGUUCAGAUAAUACCCCAAGCUUCACUUAAUCCUACAACCCCCUCUCCCCUCCUCCCCUUCCGGCCCUCUUCCCAUCUCAAGUCCAGACCAGCAGGACGUGGAAAGGGCAACAUCAUCAUGGCCGUACCGUCUCUGUGGCAUCUCCUGUUCGUAUUCUCGCUUGUCACGGUCGUCCUCUCCCUCGAGGUUACACCCGACUCAGACUGUGCGGCGUUGUGCUUGGGUGGGCCAAACGGAACCGCAAUCGAUACAACGACAUCAGGAACCAACUCGUCCGACAUAGUCUGCGAAGACGACCAAUAUCACUCGACGGGCAAGGGAAUCAAGUUUAGGAACUGCGUCUCGUGCCUUCAGAAAAGCCAGGCGUCCAAAGGGGCAGAGAGUGACGCCUCUUGGUUUCUGUACAACAUACGUUACGCGGUAGACGUCUGCCUCUUUGAUUUCCCAGACGCAAUAUCCCACAUCAACUCCCCGUGUAUCAUCAACAGCGCCUGUCGACCUCUCAAGAACGCCCUCGCAACCGCCCUCACCACCCCAGACGCCAACACCGCGUACGACUACUGCACAGCCGACGGGGACAAGUUCUCAAGCUCAAACUGGUGGUCCUGUGUCAGGUGUCUGCAAUCAAGCGACAGUCAAAGCUAUCUCUCAAACUUCUUGAUUGCCCUCAAAGCCGGCUGCCAGCAACAACCAGGCAACGGAACACUUCUCGGCCUGACCGGUCAGCUCUUCUCUACCGAGCCCGUCAACAUCACAGACACGAACACGAACACGACUCUACCAGGCGACGGCGGCGCCUCCUCAACAACCAUGACCCUCGGCACCAUCGUCGGCAUCGCCGUAGGCGGUGGUCUGGUCUUCGUCGGCGCCAUCUGCCUCUUCGUCAUCUACUGCCGCAAGCAGCGCAAGCAGAGAAUGCAAGACGAAGCAGACUACCUGCCCCCUCACCACCAACACCACCCGCCCCGGAGCCACGCAAGCUCCUUCACAGCCAUCAGCAAUGGCCCUUACCUCCCCAUCGGCGGCGGCGUGGGAGACCACAAGAAGUCCUCGUCCAUCAACUCGUACAACUACGAGCUCCAGGAAAAGAACAUCAUCGCGAGCAGCAACAACAACAGCUUCAACAACAACGCAGAGUACUACGACAAGCUGGAGCAAGAGGUCCAGGCCGGCCGCGACAUGGCCCACUACAACUUCGACCCGCACUCGGGCUUCCACGGCCCCGGCAGCGCCCUCCCGACGCACCCGGCGUACAUCCCACGGGCCAUGAGCCGGCAGUCCGGCCGGACCAACACGCCCACGCCCACACCCCCGCCGGCGAACCUGAACUUGAACGUGAACGCCGCGGUCCCGCGCAAGACCAACACGCCAGACUCGUACGCUCUGCAGACGUACCUGACAGCCACGGACGAGCCAGGCACAAUGAGCGGCAUCAGACCGCCGCCCCGCGCCGUCUCCCGGACGCCAUCGCCUGCGAGAUCACAUGGAUCACAUAGCGAUAACGCCAACAACACACCAAGGAUGGUCAACAUCCCGCCUCCGCCGCCGGGAAAACCGCCCGGACGGAAACAGUCCAGGAGGAUCCCGUCCUUAUCCCUCCCCUCGGUGCCGCGGAUCCGCGUGCCGAAGCAGUACUCCCCGCCCUCCAUCACAGUCCAAGGCGCCACGCCGAUAGCGGACCGCGGCGAGAGGACAAACGAGAUGCAAAUCUCGGAACCCCUGACUUUCCACGAGGAGAGGUUCAGGGACGAGCCGCUCGCGGGCCGGUCGGCGAUAAUAUCGCAUCAGGUGCCGGUGCGGGUUGACCCUGAAGAGUAUGAGGGUGAUAUGCCGAUUCGGAGCGGCAAGAGUACUCUGUACGGAUAAAAAGGACAUUGAGUUAGGUAGUGGGUAAUGUGUCCUUACAAUGGCGCAAAGGAACAAUCGGUAGUAUACCAAGGAUUGUACGGAAUGGAGGACGGUUCUCUCUUUUUGAUAUCAUGGAGUUUCUUGGUCUGGGUCGGUAAUCUGUAUGUUUAUAUCUAGCGUGCGAGCCUGCGACGUCAGGUGAUCAAAGUGAUCGAAAGGGUCAUGGAAC